AUGUUCCCGGCAUUUGUUACCUCUCCCGUCCCAUUAAAGAUGCUGGAUGAGUUACUCGUCGAGUCCAGGAAAGGUACAUGUGCCAUGCUCGGGGACGACGAAGGCAUACCUGGCGACUGCAUUUGCAUCCUCGAUACCAAGGACUUGAACUCAGUGGAGCACGGCUCCCGGACGCCAAUGCAACCGUUCGAGUCUCCUUUCAUCGGCUGGACAGAUGACGAAUGUCGGUCUUGGAUGAAUGAGCAUCGGCAUCCUUACUUCGCCGAGUACAACUUUAUAGUGCUUGACGAGGAUACGGUUAAGAAUAAGACAUGCCGUGUUGGAUACACAUACGUCAAUGAACCGAUGGGCGAUAAGAUGCUAACUACCGAUUUCUUUACUUGUAUGCACAAUAUGCCGGCUAUAGAUGUAGGCAUGUUACUAUGGUAUGAGAUCGAGCUUCUUGGGACUGAUGAAGUCGACGAUAGAGCAGAGUUCGAGGAGUCCCUGAGGGAAGCAUAUGAGACAUAUGUGAGGAUGGAAUCGGAGCGGAGUGAGAGGGAUCGUAGGAGAUUUCCUCACGCGCCCCCACAUACCCCCAAAGGCCUAUAGGCGUAUAUGAUACUACAAGAUGUUACAUGAGAUAUAUAUAUUAACAAGCGGAGGCC